AGUGCGCCGCGCCUCUCCCCCGGAAGUGAUUCUCUUUCCGGAAGUCGCGCCUUCCGCCGCUUGGUCUCUUUCAGCCGCCAUCUUGGGCUCCGCUUCCCGUACAAAAUGCCUGGCGAAGCUACAGAAACCGUCCCGGCCACAGAGCAGGAGCUGCCGCAGCCACAGGCCGAGACAGUUCCAGCUGCCCUCCCUCCUGCAGCCCCUGCUGCCACUUCUCCUGCUGCAGCGCCAGCUGUUCUUCCUGCCGCUCAUUCCCUGCCUCUGACUCCAGCCCUGGGCCCAGCUGCCCAGGCUGUUCCCACGGAGCCGCCCAGCUCUGCCCCAGCCGUGCCCCCAGCCCCUCUCUCCCCUGCUGUGGUCCCAGCUGCAGCAAUUCCUGUCUUCUCUGCCCCUCCCCAGCCCUCUGCCGCAGCUCUGCCCCUCCCAGUUACUUCUUCCCCUCCUCCAGCUCCAGUUCCACCAUCCCCAACUGGUUUUGCUGCCCAAGGUUCUCCAGGGCCUGCUGCUGUCCCAGUCAGCCCAGUGUCUCCAGGACUCCCAGUCCCAACGUCUCCAGUUCUGGCUGCUCUUCCUGCUGCAGGACAGGCAGCCCCCCCGGCAGCCCCCCCAUCUCCAGCGAGUCUCGGCUGUCUCCCAGCUGCUCUUACGCCUCCUGUGAAAGUCUCUACUCCUCCCAGCCCCGCAGGAGCCACAGCGGCCCCUCACCCUGCGCCUCCCAGGAGCCCCGGGGCAGCCCCAGCUGCUCUGCCACCUCCCCUGGCAGCAGCCCCUGCAGGUGCCGCAGCUCUUCCCCAGAGCCCCCCUGCGAUGCCAGUGCACCCUGCUGCACCUCUGCCCCCUCCAGCUGUCCCACUGAGCCCAGCCCUGGCAGCCACCAUCUCCCCACCCAUCUUCCUGUCUGCCCCCAUGGCGCUGGCCCCUCUGCUGCCAGGUGGCACAGUGCCCUGCAGCGCUGCUGCUCCCCUGCGGGGCCCUGUGUCUGGGACUCCCAUCUGCCCGCUGGCUCCAGCUGCUCCUCCCGGGACCCUGACCUGUCCUGUGGGCCCUGCCCUGGCAGCCCCUGGCUCCCCUGCAGGUCCCCAUUCUGUGGCCAGGCCCCCCCCUGGGAGCCCGAUUCCUGUGUCAGCCCCUGUCCUGCUCAGCCCAUCCCCAGCAGCUGCCUUGUCCCCCUCAGGGCCACCAGCAGCAGCAGCAGCAGCUCCAGUUAAAGCAGCUCCAGCGACCCCUGUCUCACUGCCAGCUGCUGUGACUGCUGCUCCUGCCAGUCCCCUGCCUGUCACAUCAGCGAUGGCAGCUCCAGCCACCCCUCCUACGGCCAAAGGAGCACCCCAGAGCCCACUGCCUGCUCCACUGACUCCCUCUGCCCCUGCUGCACCAGCUCCUGUGGUUCCUCCAGCCUCUGCUGCCACCAAAGCAGCAGCCCACAGCCCAGUCACCAGCCCGUCUGCCUCUGCUGCUGUGGUUUCUGCAGCUACCUCUGGUGCCACCAAAGCAGCUCCCCAGAGCCCUGCUGCUGCCACUCCAGCUCCUGCAGCUGCCCCUGCUGCCACCAAAGCAGCUCCCCAGAGUCCUGCUGCCACUCCAGCUCCUGCAGCUGCCCCUGCUGCCACCAAAGCAGCUCCCCAGAGCCCAGUCACUACGCCCUCUGUCUCUGCUGCUGCAGUUCCUGCAGCUCCCCAAGCUGCAGCUGCCCCUGCUGCCAACAAAGUGGCUUCCCAGAGCCCUGUUACUGCUGCACCAGCUCCUGCAGUUCCUCCAGCUGCCCCCUCUGCAGCCAAAGCAGCUCCUGGGAGCCCAGCUGCUGCCCCCUCUGUCCCUGCCAGCUCCCCACCUGUCACACCUGUGCUGGCCGCUCCAGCUGCACCCCCUGCAGGCAAGAAGUCCCCAAAGAGCUCCGCUGCUGCCACAUCGUCUCCCUCUGCUGCAGCAGCUCCACCAAGUCCUGCAGCUCCAGCUGCCCCCACUGCAGCCAAAAAGCCCCCAAAGAGCUCUGCUGCUGCCCCCUCUGCCUCUGCUGCACCAGCCCAAGCUGCAGCCAAAAAGCCCCCCAAGAGCCCUGCUGCUGCCCAGGCUGCUCCCUCUGCUCCUGCCACAGCUCCACCAGCUCCAGCGGCCCCCCCUGUGGCCAAAAAGCCCCCAAAGAGCCCCACUGCUGCCCCAUCUGCUCCCCCUGCCCCUGCAGCUCCAGCAUCUUCAGCUGCAGCCAAAGCACCUCCCAAGAGCCCCACUGCCACCCAGUCUAAUUCCUCUGCCCCUGCUGCAGCCAAAGCACCUCCCAAGAACCCCACUGCUGCCACGGCAGCCCCUGCUGCUCCCUCUGCCCACCCUGCAGCUAAGGCAGCUCCUGCCAGCCCGGCAGCCCCUGGCACGCUGCCUCCGGCUCCAGGUGCUGCUGCCUCAGCCCCGGGGGCUCCUGGUGCCCUCCCAAAGCCAGCAGCCGAUUGUGCUGCCCCCGCACCCCAGAAAACAGAGGCCACCCCUCCUGCCUCUUCUGUGCCGAACGCUGCCCCUGCCAAGAAGCAGCCCCCCACCAAUAAAGGCAGCAAGCAGGCCCCACGUCCAUCCCCAAGCAAGCCUCCCGUGAAGGCCCCCAUUCCCGCCAGUGCUGCAGUUGAUGACGAUGAUGACCUGCCCCCCCUGAUCCCCCCCCGAGGUGCCCGCUGCCGAGCCGCCGCUGCAGCCCAUCCUGGUGGACCUCUCUCCCCGAGCAGCCGAGGCCCCCGCUCCUAAGCAGCCCAUGGUGAAGAACGACAAGGGUACUGCUGGGUCCGGAACAGAGUCUGACAGCGAUGAGUCUGUACCAGAGCUCGAAGAGCACGACUCCACACAGGCCACGACACAGCAGGCA